UAUGUAUUUAAAGAAGGGAGUGUUGAAUGAAAGAAGGAAAAUCAUGGGCUAUAGGGACAAUAGUUUAAUUGGAUGGGAAUCAAAAUUUUCCCCUAUGGCGUGGCAAGUGGUCGUUUAAUCUAAAUUUUGGACCAAACGCGCAAGCAAGGAAUUUCCCAAGCCAUCAAAUCAGAGGGAAACUUACACAGCAAUCAAAUUCACAAUCACGAAAAUUACUUCCUUUUCAUCACGCUUUUGCCCCGAAUUCAAUGCUCCCACUCCACCACCAACUUCACACACCAACCACCUUUUCCUUCCACGCCUCAAACUACAUACUUGAAAUUCUCGACUUUAGUCCAUUCAGAAAUUAACCCAUAAAACUACCUCCACCAGCACGGCAGCACCAAGUUGAUAAUCACAAAAAGAUUGGAUUUUUCAUGGGUGGCCAACAAAAGAAGAUUGGUCAAACUCAAAGAAGAAGAAAUGAGAUUAUGGGUUUCACAGUUUCUCACAACAAGCCUUCAGGGUUUGACCUGAUGCAGAACUGUGAUCUUCCUCCACCUUCCAAGUUUUUUAUGGGUCCAGAUAAGAGUGUCAUAUUGUCCAUGAAUAGGCUCUAUAACAGAGAAGAAGAGCAACAUAGCAAACAGUCUGGUGCUUACAGGAUUGACAGUGGACAUGAUGAAAAGGAUAAAAUGGAGCUUCUGAAGGCACUGCGAGCAUCUCAGACACGGGCCAGAGAGGCAGAAAAGAAGGCUGCAGUUCUGAAAAAUGAAAAGGAGGGUCUUUCUAUGGUUUUGUUGGAAGAGGCCAUGCACUUGUUUGCAUAUCGCCAACAGGUGCGUUUGCUUGAGCUUCAAGUUUUCCGCUUGCAACAAUCCCUUUUGCUGCGUCAACAACCAGAGGGAGAUGGCCAUGAUGAAGAAACUACUGGUGUUGCAUGGGUUCUGGCCUUGGUUCUUUCGUUGGGAAUUGGAGUUACCACUGCUCUUGCUUGCAGAUACUAUCUGUGAAUAGCCACUCUGCUGUGAUUGGAAUUUGGAACCGUUUUGAGACACAGAAGACGAUCUGCAUAUACAAUUUUUUGCUUUAUAUUUAUUUAGACACAAAUAUAACUGUAACCUAGUUCGUGCUAAUCGACUUGUAAUCAAUUCUCUCUUCCGGCUCAUUUAAUGGAUAAAUACAACCGUAUUGAACUGCUUUUGAACA